AUGGCAAAAUCGUGCAGAUGGAUCGAGCCGAAGCCUCCUGCAGGCAUUCCAGAAAACAUUCCUUUAUUACUUGUUCCAGUUAAUUCUCGACCAACAAUUACCAUUCCCACUCAGAUCAUUCCAAAAACGAUUAUUAUCGAUACUCAAAGCUUGCAAACGAAUAUGAGUACCAAUCGUGAAGAUAAAUUUGAAAUUGAGAAAUAUCAAGAAAAUUUGUUCAUGCGAGUAGUUGAUGAAAUCCAUGAUGAAAGUAGAAUUGACUGA